GCAACAUCGGCUACGACCACUUCUACAUUCAUGGCAUGGAAUAUCCGGUUGUCAGCGAUUUCGACUUCUCGCUUGGGGUGCCGCGGCCACGUGACGAGGCUCACCUUUGGGCAGUCAAGGCCUUCUACGCCACCACCCGGAACAUGAUGCUCCUUACGACAGGUGAGCUCGAUCAGGGAUCUCUUCCCUCCGCCCUUGCGGCCAACCUUUAUGCAACAAGGCGCUUGGUGAACGUGCCCUUCAUGCUUCGCGAAGACUGUCUGGCUGUUGCGGAGGCCCAGAGAACUCACAAGCUCUCCUUCGUCGGAUCUGUGCAGGAUCACAACCAUGAGCGGAUGCUUUUUCUAAGGGCGUCGGCGCUGGAGUUCGGAAGCGCCCUCACAAAGCAAGCGGAAGGAUUUCUUUGGUCUGUGAAUACUGCGAAGCUCUUUCUCCGAGCUCUGGUCCCUCAGGGCUUUGGCGGCACCGCUACCCACGUUCUGAACAACAGCCGACGUGAGCGUUUGGCUCUGCAGCGGCGAAAUCUGAAGAAUCUGUACCGACGUACGAGCAUCUGCGUCGUAGCACCUGGGGACGCCCCAGCUCUGGGGCAGCGACUCUCCGACAUCUUGGAAGCCGGUUGCAUUCCUGCUGUGCUGGUCGGCCCUGGCUCACAGCCGGUGCUUCCGCUCCAAGGCAUCGUUCGCUGGGAGGAAUUUGCGAUCAUCGUUCGCUUGGGGGAUGACGUGGCAGGUGCGCGCUGGGCGAUCCGACGCAUUCUAAAGACCUCCACGGCCGAGGCUAGUGCGGCUAAUGAUCCCGAGUACACUAGGCCUGACAUGUAA